AUGUACAUUCUUUUAGCCCACCCUUGUGAUGAUAAUGGCAUGUUUCUCCCCCCUGGAAGCCUACCUAAACCACUCUUUGAUAAAUCCUCCUCUGACUGGACUCCUUACCGAAAUCGUGUCGAAUUUGAAACAGCAGAGUAUUUAUUUACCGAGAAUCAGAUGCCUGCAGGUCAGAUCAAUAAACUCCUUGAUCUCUGGGCCUCAACCCUCAAGAAACAUGACGACAAGCCUCCAUUUGCCGACUUUCGCGACCUUUACAAAACCAUCGACAGAACACCACUUGGGGAUGUGAAGUGGCAGUCGUUUUCAGUUCGCUACAAUGGCAAAAAACCAGACACUGAUGCACCGCCAUGGAUGGAUCAAGUCUUUGAUGUCUGGUACUGUGAUCCACGAGAGGUCAUCCGCAACAUGCUUGCAAAUCCCGACUAUGCCAAAGAGUUUGAUUACAGACCCUACCGCGAGUUCUCAACUGAUGAUGACGAGCGUCAGUGGAAGGACUUUAUGUCUGGUGAUUGGGCAUGGGAUCAGGCCGACAUAAUCUCCGAAGAUCCAGAAUCACAUGGAUCCACAUUCGUACCGGUUGUUUUAGGCAGUGACAAGACUACAGUUUCUGUUGCAACAGGAAACAACGAAUAUUACCCACUCUAUGCAUCUAUUGGCAAUGUUUGCAAUAACGUUAGACGAGCCCACCGAGACGCAGUUAGUAUUAUCGCCUUUCUCGCUAUUCCCAAAACAACAAAGGAACAUGCGACUAGUGAUGUGAAGUUCCGAAAGUUUCGCCGGCAAUUGUUUCACUGUUCACUCUCCAAGAUUCUCGAAACACUUCGUCCUGGUAUCACCAAGUAUGAAGUUGCACGUUUUGGUGACAGACAUUUCCGCCGUGUGAUAUAUGGUCUGGGACCAUAUAUUGCUGACUACGAGGAGCAAGUCUUAUUGACGUGCAUCAUGCGUGGUUGGUGCCCAAGAUGUUUGUCUUCACGUAUCAAUCUAGACGAGCCAGCCGGUUGGCGCUGUCAUCAUCAUACAGAUGUGCUUGUCGAGGAGGGUACUCUCGAUGCCUUAUGGGAUGAAUAUGGCAUUGUUGGUGAUCUCAUUCCCUUUAUGAAUGAUUUUGCUCGAGCCGACAUCCAUGAACUCAUUGCCCCCGAUAUCCUUCACCAGCUUAUCAAAGGGACAUUCAAAGACCACCUGGUCGAUUGGAUCGAGAAGUACCUAUACCAGGCACACUCGAAGAAAGAUGCUGAGCGCAUCAUAGAUGAUAUUGAUCGAAGAAUCGCUGCUGUUCCGGCCUUUGCUGGUCUUUGGCGCUUCCCACAAGGACAAGGCUUCAAGCAGUGGACGGGUGAUGACUUGAAAGCACUUAUGAAGGUAUACUUAUCUGCUAUUGAGGGAUAUGUCCCUGUGGAUAUGGUCUGGACAUUUCGAGCCUUUCUCGAAUUUUGUUAUCUUGUCCGACGCAGCAUAAUCACGGAGAAGACGCUCGAGCAAAUCCAGGAGGCACUUGACCGGUUUCAUCGGUGCCAGCAAAUUUUUGAAACACUCGAUGUUAUUUCAACAUUCUCACUCCCUCGCCAGCAUUCCCUUCAACACUACAUACACCUCAUUCGACUUUUUGGGGCCCUGAAUGGUUUAUGCUCUUCGAUCACCGAAGCUAAGCAUAUCAAAGCAGUGAAGGAGCUGUGGAGGCGCUCCAGUCGGUACGAGGCACUGGGCCAAAUGUUGGUCACAAAUCAACGCCUCAACAAGCUCACAGCAUCACGCGCUGAUUUUACUCAACGCAAGAUGCUUAAUGGUACGUGCCUUUCUGCAGCUGUCCUCAAAGCUGUCAAUACCACAGUGGACAAUGACAACGACAACGAUAAUGAAGUCGACGAUGGACCAACAAAUGUCGAAGCACACGUGGAGUUGGCCAAAACACCUCAAUAUAAACGUGCUCGCACCAUUGCUGCAUUAGCAAUUGAAUUAUCAAUCCCACAUCUCUCGAAUCUUCUGCGACACUUUCUCUUCGGUCAACUCAACCACAAUGAUCCCCGUGAUCCAUCAGAGAUUCCCCUAGCUUACUGUCCCCAAUUCGACGACAAAAUCAGUGUUUUCAACUCUGCUUGUUCAAGAUUUUUUGCGCCAAGUGAUCUCAGCGGUAUUGGGGGCAUGCGCCGUGAGUAUAUUCGUGCAUGUCCGAUAUGGAGAAACGAGCAUCCUCGGUUUGAUUGUGUCUUCGUCAACACGAAUCCAGGUCUCGAUGGUAUGAGGGGCAUGGAUGUUGCACGAGUACUGACAUUUUUUUCUUUUACUUACAAGCGAAAAUUAUACUCAUGUGCAGUUGUGCAGUGGUUUGAUACCAUUGGAGACUCGCCGAACGAAGACACUGGAAUGUGGGUUGUACAGCCUGCUCAUAAUAACAACAACAUGCCCCAUAUUUCCGUCAUACAUAUUGAUUCAAUCUACCGCGCCGCACACCUUAUUCCUGUAUAUGGUACUCAAGUUAUUCCUGCGCAACAUCACCACCAUCAGACCUAUGAUAUUUUCCACCGUUUUUAUGUUAACAAAUAUGCAGAUCAUCACUCCUUUGAAAUUGCAUUUUAG